CAAUGAUAUCGAGAUGUUUUGCAACGUCAAUGAGUUGCAAUCGCAAGUAAACGUUGGGGACAACUUAUGCGUAUGUAUGUAUGUGCAUCUGGGUGUACAUUGGCAUACGAAAGAAAGUCACAAAUAUCGUAAAAUUUUUAAGCCAACACUUGUAAAAGAGCCUGCAGUUGCAACAGACAGCUAAAGAAAAAGCGGUGUAUCAACUGAUUCAGCUUUAAAAUAUAAAAUUAUUUAAAUUUGUGCUAAAUAUGGAACUCAAUGGCAAAAAUGUGAUCUAUGCUGGUGGUUUUGGUGGCAUCGGACUGGCUUGUGUCAAAGAAUUUCUCGCAAAGGGUGUAAAGAAUUUGGCCAUUUUUGAUCUAACAGAGAAUAAGCAAGCUUUGCUGGAGUUGCAGAAUUCGCAUCCAGCCUCUACAAUUCAUUUCAUACAAUUUGAUGUGUCUAAAAAAGAAAGCAUAACAGCAGCUUUCACCGAUGCUGUGGAGAAAAUGCAGCACUUUGACGUGUUGAUCAACGGUUUCGCCAUAAUGAUGGAUGAACACAUUGAACUGACAGUUGAAAUUAAUUUGUUGGGUGUUAUCCACAGCACUCUCACUGCACUGCCUUAUAUGGAUAAGUCAGCUGGUGGACGUGGUGGUAUCAUUAUGAAUGUCUCAUCUGUUGCCGGUUUGGAAGCAACCGCUUUGUUUGCCAUUUAUUCAGCCACUAAGCAUGGCGUUACAGCAUUUACGCGUUGCAUGGCGGAUCAAAUCUACUUCGAUCAUUUUGGCGUUCGCUUCAUAACAAUAUGUCCGGGCAUGACAGAUACGGGUCUCAUAACAAAUCUUCAUAAAAGAGUGACCUUUGAGUUUACUCAAGACGCUACUAAAAUCUUCUAUGAUGCCAAAAAUCAGAGUGCAGAAACGUGUGCGAAGAAUAUGAUAACGGUUAUUGAGACGGGAAAGAAUGGUGGAGUGUACUUACUUGAUUUAGGUGAUAUUAAAGAGAUUACUUAUCCGGAGUUGUUUUAAAAGCCUUAAGCGCUGUUAUUUAAUCCUAUAACGGUAACGCUAAUGCAUACAUAAAUACGUAUGUAUGUACGUAAAGUUUACGUAGUACAUUUUUUCGGUUUUAAAUCAUUUAUUUCAUAGUUUUGUUAAAAAAAAGUCUGAAUCGGUUACACAUAUUGUUAUGGCGCUCUCGUUUCUACCG